GACAAUUCCGGCUCCGAUCCAGUUCUUCGGAAACGGGUCCUGGAACCGGAAUGGCGCGGCGGGUCCUCUCCGCGCUGCUUCUCGCAGCCCUGGCGUGCGACGUCGCGUCCGCCGAGUUCGGCAGGCACAGCUUCCCCGAGGGCUUCGUCUUCGGCACCGGCUCCGCGGCGUACCAGUACGAGGGUGCCUACAAGGAAGGAGGCAAAGGUCCCAGCGUGUGGGACAUCUUCAGUCACUUACCAGGUAAAAUCAAGAACAAUGAUACUGGCGAUGUAGCGGAUGACUUCUACCAUCGAUACAAGGAGGACGUGAAGCUCCUCAAGGACAUGAACAUGGAUGCCUUCCGGUUCUCAAUUGCCUGGACCAGGAUCCUGCCAACUGGCUCCCUGAGCGGAGGAAUCAACAAGGAAGGGGUGGCCUUCUACAACAACCUCAUCAACGAGGUCAUAGCAAAUGGGCUGAAGCCAUUCGUCACCAUCUUCCACUGGGACACACCCCAGGCCCUCGAGAGCAAGUACAAGGGCUUCCUCAGCGAGAACAUCAUCCAGGACUACGUGGACUUCGCGGAGGUGUGCUUCCGCGAGUUCGGCGACCGCGUCAAGUUCUGGACCACGUUCAACGAGCCCUGGACGUACGCGUCGCAGGGGUACGGCAACGGCGCCCACGCCCCCGGCCGGUGCUCGCCGUCCAUCUCCCCGUCCUGCACCCCCGGCGACUCCGGCCGCGAGCCCUACCUCGUGACGCACCACAUCCUCCUCGCCCACGCCAGGGCCGUGGCGCUGUACCGCGCCCGGUACCAGCCAGCGCAGCGCGGCCAGAUCGGCAUCACCGUGGUCUCGCACUGGUUCGUGCCCAACACCGACACCCCCGCCGACCGCCGGGCCGUGCAGCGCAGCCUGGACUUCAUGCUCGGCUGGUUCCUGAGCCCCAUCGUGCACGGCGCGUACCCGGGCACCAUGACCAGCUUCCUCGGCGGCCGGCUGCCGCGGUUCACGCCGGAGCAGGCGGAGAUGGUCAGGGGCUCCUACGACUUCAUCGGCCUCAACUACUACACCAGCUACUUCACCUCGGCGCGGCCCGCGCCCAACGGGCUCGCGCAGUCCUACGAAGGCGACAUCCGCGCCAACACCUCCGGCUUCCGCGACGGCGUGCCCGUCGGCCAGCCGGAGUUCGUGCCCAUCUUCUUCAACUCCCCGGCCGGCCUCCGCGAGCUCCUGCUCUACACCAAGCGCCGGUACAACAACCCCGUCAUCUACGUCACCGAGAACGGCAUUGCCGAGGAGAACAGCGCGCGCAUCCCGCUCAGGGAGGCGCUCAAGGACGGGCACCGGAUCGAGUUCCACUCCAGGCACCUGCAGUUCGUGAACCACGCCAUCAGGAACGGCGUCAAGGUAAAGGGUUACUUCACCUGGACCUUCAUGGACUGCUUCGAAUGGGGCGACGGGUACCUCGACCGCUUCGGCCUCAUCUUCAUCGACCGCCUCAACGGGCUCAAGCGCUACCGCAAGCAGUCCAGCUACUGGAUCGAGAAGUUCCUGAAGCGCUAGACGGUUUAAUUUGCAGCCCACACUGCUGGUCACGAGGUCCAUCCAUGUCGAUCUCAUCCUGUUUCGAUCGACAAGCUGGUGGUGGUGCCAUGAUGCCGUUGCUGCUGCCAUGGCAUCUUCUAGCUAGUUUGCUGCCGAGGGGCCGGGGUGUAUUUGUUUCCAGAGAGCGAUUGCUGUUUUGUGGGUCGGGGUUGCCGCUGUCGUUGCAUUGUGUGUGCUUGGUGCUUGCAGAGAGGGAAAUAAAGCUCACUUCGGAGCUAUCUGUCAGUAGUUCAACGGACGUGUACUGUAGUUCAGUUCCUCUCAUCAACAAGAAUAAUUAAACCAAGUGCAGCUGUGAGCUGGCUCGAUCAAUUAA